UUCAGGGCCCGUCAUGGCCAUGCGGCUGGCCAUGUCUUCUCUACACCAGAGCAGCUAUCAUUCAUGGGCAGCAUAACAGUGACCGCGCCAGUUGGCCAGCAUCCCGCCAUGUAUCCCGCCAGGCCCCGUCUGCCGGCUCUGGCCCCUCGCCUGCCAGGCAAUUCGCCGCCGGUCGUCGAGAGGCCGAGCGUCAAAGAGCACACGGAAAAGGAGUGGGCCGCGCGGAAGGACCUCAUUGAGGCGCUAUACAUAGGCGACAAUCGCAAGUUGAAUGAAAUCAUGGCCAUCAUGGAGACCAAGUAUGGCUUCGCCGCUACGUAAGUCACGAUCCUGCUGUUUGUUGUUUGCUAUUUGCUACCUACCUCCUUGCACAUGCCUACGCCUACUCAAGGUACAUGCGAGUACUACCACUACUCGUAUGCAAAGAAUAGGCAAAAUACCAAGCGAGGCGAGGGGUGACUAACCCAGUGUGCUAACCCAAUGCAAAAGCGAGCAAAUGUAUAAGAAGAGAUUCAAGAAGUGGAAUAUAAGAAAACGAGCGUAUCGCAAAUCAGCUGUUGAGACCAAAGUCUC